AUGUUUUUACAUUACCAGAAAUGUGCAUCUCAGCUGCAAGUGGACAGCAGGGAGCUUGAUCGGAGAAAAACUCUGCAAGUGACAAGUGUGGCUAAACCUGCUGGAGACAAUGAUGAAUUUGAAAAACAAAGAACAGCUGCUAUUGCAGAAGUAGCAAAAAGCAAGGAGAUCAAGACAUUUGGAGGCGGUGGUAGCAGUACCCGAAGUAAUCUCUGUGCAAAUUCAGGAGGGAAUCGAAGCAGAGAAGUGUUCCAGAGAGAGAAGAUGAAAUCUGAGGGGAAAAAUGAAGGUGUCUAUCGAGAACUGGUAAGACUUAGGAUAUUAGACUUUUAGACACUGAGCUUGGACACUCGGUCUCGAAAAGGUUUGC